AUGGAACCAGAAAACCAAACCAAAAUCUCAGAAUUCUUCCUCCAGGGACUCUCAGAAAAGCCAGAGCAUCAGACCCUCCUCUUCACAAUGUUCCUCUCCACAUACCUGGUCACCAUCAUUGGAAAUGCCCUCAUUAUCCUGGCCAUCAUCACGGACUCCCACCUCCACACACCCAUGUACUUCUUCCUCUUCAACCUCUCACUCGUUGACAUCCUAUUAUCCUCCACCACCGUCCCCAAGAUGCUAGCGAACAUCCAGACUCACAGCAGAGCCAUCCCCUUUGCGGGCUGCCUCACCCGGAUGUAUGCCUUCCACCUGUUUGGGACCAUGGACAGCUCUCUCCUGGCAGUAAUGGCCAUCGACCGCUUCGUGGCCGUUGUCCACCCGCUGCGUUACUUGGUUCUCAUGUGCCCCCGUGUCUGUGGGCUGCUGCUGGGGGCAUCAUGGGUGAUCACCAACCUCCAGUCUCUCAUACACACCUGCCUCAUGGCUCAGCUGACCUUCUGUGCCGGCUCUGGAAUCUCACACUUCUGUGACCUCAUGCCCCUGCUGAAGCUCUCCUGCUCAGAUACGCACACCAACGAGCUGGUGAUCUUUGCUUUUGGCAUUGUCAUGGGCACCAGCCCACUCUCCUGCAUCCUCCUCACAUACAUCCGCAUUUUCUGGACAGUCUUUGAGAUCCCUUCUACUCGGGGCAAGUGGAAAGCCUUCUCCACCUGUGGCUCACACCUCACUGGGGUGUCACUGUUCUAUGGGACCAUCUUUGCUGUGUACUUACAGCCCACAUCCUCCAGCUCCUCCCAGAAGGACAAGGCAGCUGCCCUAAUGUGUGGGGUGGUCAUCCCCAUGCUCAACCCCUUUAUCUACAGCCUACGGAACAAGGACAUGAAGGCAGCCCUGGGGAAGCUCAUCGGCAAAGUGGCCGUCCCCUGUCCUAGGCCAGAACAGUUAUUGGAUGUUUAUCAUGUUCCAGGAUCACUGUUGGGUGCUAGGGACACAGAGAUGCAUCCCAUCCCCUACCCUGGAGGAGUUCAGAGUCUAGCUGGGAACACGGACACGGAAUAA